UAGAACCCACCAUUCAGCGAGAGUAGCACUGAGAAUACCAUCCGUAUGGAAGUUGGGAGCCAGCAAUGGUAAAACUGCUAAACUUUCAGUACGAACAAAGCUGUUCAAUGUUUAAGACCGAGACACUCGUGCAAGUCGGGAGUUGCAGAAGGGGUUUGAUGAAUUGCAAGUGCAAAAAGCAACAGGAUAACUGAAGGCGGUAGUCAAACUGACCACACUGCCCAUAUUUUAGUUACCUACCCGAUUGAAGAAACCUUAGUUGCAAACAAUACACGAAAAAGUGAGAAGGCACUACUAAAGAAUUCAGUGGUGUUUUAUUGUCUUCCGCUGUGUUUAUUGAACUCCAAUCAACCUCGGUGUGUGAAAAGUAUCAGUAUAGCCCGAAAAAAAGGACGCGGGGGUGUUCGAGUACGUGUCUAUGCGCACAUUUACCUUUCCCAACAAAUUUGUUAUUAACAAGUUGCAACUCGGGUUUUUGCAGUGAUUUACAGAACCUCACGAUUCCAACUUUUGUUGUGUUCGAAACAAUUUGCUUACAGUGCAUUUUUGUUCAUAUCUUCAUGUUUAAAUCGUGCAAACCGUGUGCGGCAACUAUACCAUCUUCAACUAGCUCUCCUAUCAAACGUGCAACUAUCAUCUCGUAUUCCAUUAGUUUUGAAACAAACAACCGGUACACAUUUUAUUUAUUUGGUCUCACUUUUGUUUUGGUGUCAAAACGGUAAUUUGAAGUUCAUUCAAAGUGUGCGAUUUCAACUUAUCACCGCUUUAUGCCGUCAAUCUAGUGUAUCAAAUUAACACCGUUUUCUAACUACAAGUAACAUCAGCAGUAUUGACCCAUUUUCGUACACAACAACAACAACUAAGGAUACUAAUAAUGGAUACGGUUUGGGCUACAUUUGUGUUAUUCAAUAUCGUCAUCAUUUAUGGACAAACGUAUGGACAAUCAACAGUCAAUGUUCAGCUCGUAUUAAGAAAAUACGUGGAAAGGGGUAGUGCGGUGGCACUGUAUUGUGAAAACGACGUAUUACCCGAUAUUUUGUACAAAGUAACCUUUCUCAAAGAAGACAACAAAAUAUUUGAAUAUAUUAAAGGACGUAGCCCACCAUAUCGAAAUUUUAGCAUACCAGGAGCUGAAAUUGAUUGGAAAAAGGUUACUCCAUCAACACUGACUCUGAAGAAUCUAGACUACGACGCAUCAGGCUCGUACUAUUGCGAAGUAUCAACUGAUACGCCGAUCUUCACCAAGGCAUCAAACGAUGAAGUAUUGCACGUCAUGCUGCCACAGAAGGGACCACCAACGAUUGAAUUUGCAAAAAAACAGCUGUAUUAUGGUGAUAUGCUUAUUGCAAAUUGUACAACAUCACGAGCUCGUCCAUCUCCUCACAUUACGUGGUUGAUCAAUGGCAAACCGGUUGAUGAUGCUCAUGUUAGACAGUUACAUCACAAUUCCAAAAAUAGUCACCGGUCGAAAGUUCAACAAGGCCUCGGACAACAAAUUCCUGUUUACCACGGGAAGGUUAUCGGUUCUGGAAUCAGUUCUUCUGGGAGUAGUAGUUUAAAGGAACUCAAGCAACGCACCAAAGCGGUUGAGACAGAUUUCCAAGAUAAACUAUCGAAAUCUACUAUCCCGAUGGGGAUGGGUGCAGGCGUAAACAGUGGUAUCGAAGGAUAUUCUAGAAGCUUCGAGAUACAGCCUAAUAUAGCGUUCAACAAUUUCGAUGGUGGCUACAACUAUGGCGUUAAGAUGCAUCAUCCUGGCCGGGAAAGAAAUGGAGGAAAUACAAUUGGAUUAUUAACUGGAGCUUUUGGAGGUUCUGCGUACGGGACUUUUGGUGGUAUGGCCGGGCUUGGAUCGCUAGGCACUGGACCUGGACUUGGUGCAGCUGACAUAAUCGUAGAGGAGGGUAAUAAAAAGAUUUGGCAGCGAAAUGACUACAACUACAAUAACAACAACCACUACGACAAUAAGCAGCUACAAGAGCAACAACAACACUAUGACAAUGGAUAUAGGAAACAUCGUCCAAUGUAUGAUCACAAAUACCGACGGCAUGUCAAUGAGGGCGAAACACGUAAAAGUCACAGAGUUUUUGCCUCAUACAGUCAACUAUCUAUCCGCAUAACAGAGGCUUUAACUAACAAUGUGGGUCGGAUAGAAAUCACCUGUUUAGCAACAAUUCCAGCACACGUGGAGCCGGGGGAGCAGUAUGCUGACUAUAAGACCUCGUUAAUUAAACGCCCCUUGCACCCAUUGACGAUUUCGAACAAAAUUACAAUAGUAAUCGGGCUGGUUGCAACAGUCUCAUUGCCAAUCGUCAUUUUGCUGAACUUGUUCAGCAAAAAUACCAUAACCAUCAUCUGUUCUUCACUGACGAAUCAGUACAAAAUGGUUCCACGGGGUGUAGAAUCUACUGCAGCAUCGACAAUAGCGCCAUCCGGCUAUUAGACCAUAAUUCAAUCCUUACCGCAGAAGCAAUAGCCCGGGUUAUUCCUGCUGACGAAGGCCUACGCAGAGACAAACCCAACGUAAUGUUUGCCGACAGUGCAUGUCUUGCAGGGCUGGUAUCGCAGUUCAUUUGUCAAUUCGUAUGACUUAACAACUUGCCCGUCAUGGGCUCAAGCCCCAAAUGGACCGUGCCGCCAUACGUAGGACUGACUAUCUUCCUAUGGGGGGUCAUCAAUAAGUCACUGAAAGCCAAGCCCACAAGUGGUACAGGCCUUGACUGACAACGGUUGUUGAGCCAAAAAGAAGAAGAAGAAGCAAGUGUCCUUCAAGCACUUGCAUCUGGAACCACCAGUGACCCCAACAUCCAACAACUAUGCAAUAUACCGAAUUCACCCCAAGUCACAUUCUGCUGGAUUCCUGGUCACACAGAUAUUCAGGGAAACCAAAUAGCAGAUCGAUUAGUCUACGCAGGUCGUAAUAACCCGGCCUGCUGCCAUAAUACUCUUGCACGCCGUAACUUCAUUAGCCUUAGCAUAUUCAUCAUCGCCAAUAGCUGGAAUGGUUACAGGGUUAUCAGCGGCCGCUCUUCCCUGAGAACCAUCAAUACCACAACACUAACAUGGAGAGACCAUCAAUCACACAAAGACCAGAGCAAAAAAAUGGAUGAAAGAGUACAGAUGUUGUUUACACGUGCAGCUACAACUUUGGUUGAUAAAUAAUAUCCAUUUUUUCAAUGCUUGUAACACAGGUGUUAAGCAGCAGGUAGCACCAAGUGAAAAUAAAAACGUUAACAGUUUUUAAUAAAAACAGCUUUCUAUAGCUGCUGUUUUGUUUUCCGGAUUCGUAUGUUCAUGCAAAAGGAUGCAAGUAUAUUCCUUGGCCUCAAAAUUGAAGAUUCAGGACGGCGUGUGGACGUCGUGCGGACUCGACCAAGCGAGGUUACUCGACCAAUUGAAGGUUUUUAGACGGCUUUUAAGCAAAAAUUGUGGAGGUCUCCCUGGGUUGUUGUAUAAAAUAGCAGCCACAAAAAUAAAUUUUAUGGAUGGCUGGAAAGAGAUGAAUAUUGUCCUCC